CAUCUCCAUAUCUAUUUUGUCUCUCUCUCAAACUUCCAUUUUGUUUCUUGAUCACUUCUUAAGAUAUCAGAAAAUUAAAAAAAAUGGACAGCUAUGGUGGUGGUGGUUACUUUGUGGACGAAAAAGCAGUCCGUGUCGAGAACAUCUUCUUGGAAUUCCUCAAAAGUUUUCGAGUGGAUCCUAACUCGCGUGAGCCAUUUUACGAGUCGGAAAUUGAAGCCAUGAGACCUAAUGAGUCGAACACUAUGUUCAUUGAUUUCUCUCAUGUUAUGCGCUUCAAUGAUAUUCUCCAAAAGGCCAUCUCUGAUGAGUUUCUCAGAUUCGAAUCUUAUCUGAAAAAUGCUUGCAAGAGAUUCGUGAUGGAACUGAAGCCAACUUUCAUCACAGAUGAUAAUCCUAACAAGGACAUCAACGUCGCCUUUUACAAUCUCCCCUUGAUUAAGAGAUUGAGAGAAUUGACUACUGCAGAGAUAGGGAAACUGGUGUCGGUAACUGGAGUGGUAACUCGUACUAGUGAGGUCCGACCAGAGCUUCUGCAAGGAACCUUCAAAUGCUUGGACUGUGGAACUGUGAUCAAGAAUGUUGAACAACAAUUCAAAUAUACCGAGCCCAUAAUUUGCAUGAAUGCAACAUGUCAAAACAAAGCAAGGUGGGCAUUACUUAGACAAGAGAGCAAAUUUGCGGACUGGCAGAGGGUCCGAAUGCAGGAGACCUCCAAGGAGAUACCAGCGGGGUCCCUUCCAAGAUCACUUGAUGUCAUUCUACGCCAUGACAUCGUGGAACAAGCCAGGGCAGGUGACACGGUCAUAUUUACUGGUACAGUUGUGGUGAUACCUGACAUACUUGCACUUGCCUCUCCCGGGGAGAGAGCUGAAUGUCGCCGAGAUGCAUCUCAGCGAAAGAAUGCUACUGGCGGUCAAGAAGGUGUGAAGGGUCUUCGGGCCUUGGGCGUGAGGGACCUCUCAUAUCGAUUAGCCUUUAUUGCCAACUCGGUUCAGAUAUGUGAUGGCCGAAGGGACAAUGACAUCAGAAAUAGGAGGAGAGAUGUCGAUGACGAUGAGAAUCCACAGUUCAUGGCCGAAGAGCUAGAUGACAUCCAACAGAUGAGGAGAGCUCCUGACUUUUUCAAUAAGCUUGUUGAGAGUGUUGCCCCAACUGUUUUUGGUCACCCAGAUAUCAAGAGGGCGAUACUGCUCAUGCUUUUGGGUGGUGUUCACAAGAUUACUCACGAAGGCAUUAAUUUAAGAGGGGACAUAAAUGUUUGCAUUGUUGGGGAUCCUAGCUGUGCAAAAUCUCAGUUCCUCAAAUACACAGCAGGUCUGGUUCCUCGAUCUGUCUAUACAUCAGGGAAAUCCUCGUCUGCUGCUGGGUUGACAGCAACAGUGGCCAAAGAACCAGAAACUGGAGAAUUCUGUAUUGAGGCUGGUGCACUAAUGCUUGCAGACAAUGGUAUCUGUUGUAUUGAUGAAUUUGACAAGAUGGAUGUUAGAGAUCAGGUUGCCAUUCAUGAAGCAAUGGAACAGCAGACAAUAAGUAUAACUAAAGCUGGUAUACAAGCAACAUUGAAUGCCCGAACUUCAAUUUUAGCUGCAGCCAAUCCCACUGGUGGGCGCUAUGAUAAGACCAAACCUCUGAAGUAUAAUGUUGCUCUACCUCCUGCCAUCCUUUCAAGGUUUGAUCUGGUAUAUGUUAUGAUUGACGAGCCUGACGAUACCACAGACUACAAUAUUGCUCAUCACAUUGUGAGAGUUCACCAAAAGCGGGAAAAUCCAGUUGACCCUCCUUUUAGCACUGCGCAAGUGAAGCGAUACAUAAUGUAUGCGAAAACACUGAAACCUAAGCUAUCUGCAGAAGCUAGAGAGUUGUUGGUUGAUUCAUAUGUUGCUUUACGUCGAGGUGAUACUGCUCCGGGGAGUAGAGUUGCCUACCGCAUGACUGUAAGACAGCUGGAGGCGUUGAUCAGACUUUCGGAGGCUAUUGCUCGAAGUCAUUUGGAUCUUCAGGUGGAACCACGUCAUGUACGAAUUGCAAAGAGAUUGUUAAAGACAUCGAUAAUCAGUGUGGAGUCUAGUGAAAUUGAUCUAUCUGAGUUCCAAGAUGAGAAUCGCGAAGAUAGUGUUGGUGAUACUGAAAAUGGUGCUGGUCAAGGGGAAAAUCAACCAACUGGAGCUCCGACUGAGUCAGCAUCUGGUAAUGCAGAAAAUGACGCUGGAACUACAAGCAAGCAAGGAAAGAAACUAGUCAUCACCGAUGAAUAUUUCCAGAGAGUCACCCGUGCUCUUAUUCUCAGAUUGAGGCAGCAUGAAGAGACUGUAACACAAGAAGGGACUGGGUUAGCUGGAAUGAGGCAGAAAGAUCUUAUACAGUGGUACGUGAGUCAGCAGAACGAGAAGAACAGCUACAGCUCCAUGGAAGAGGCAGCAGCUGAAGUCACAAAAGUGAAAGCUAUUAUAGAGAGCUUGGUACGAAGAGAAGGCCAUUUGAUAGUUGUGGAUGAUGGUAGACAAGCAGGCGAGGAUAGUGGAAGGCAAUCAUCAUCCAGAAAUGACAGGAUCUUGGUAGUUGCUCCCAAUUAUGUUGUAGAUUGAUUUGGAAUUCUUGUCAACAGGACGGAAAAUCUGGGACUUUAUGAGCUCAAAGGCCUAAAGUUGCUCAAAUCAUUUACUCUACUAGGAUGGUGAGAUUGUGUUUUAUAUCGAGAAAGCUGAGAUCUUACACCUGUUGUGGAAAUGUGCUACUAUAGGAGGCUAACUGGUUUAAGUUAAAUUGAUUGUUGUACUUCAGCUUGGGAAUGUGAAGUUAUCAAGCAUAUCUGUACUAUUAUUUGUAUUUGUUUAUGCUGUAUGCCAAGUAUCAAUUGACGUGCAAAAGGCAACCAUAGACUCAAAACGAUCAAUCUGCUUUAAAGUUAUGCUU